AUGGGAGGUUUGUUUUCGAGUUGUCGGAAACCUACCGAACGGAAAAAUGUCCGAAAUAUUCAAGUUCUUCCAGUCGGAAACGCUGAUGGUCAUUCACAGAAAACUGAUUAUGGAGUUUUCUGUGUAUCCAACACAAAGUCUGUGAAGAACUCGAGUACUGGUGAAACUUCUGAUGCACAAACAAAAUCUUCAUCACCAACAGAAGAUUUUAAGUUGGAAGAAGAAGAAGAUAGUGUUUCAGAAGAAGGAAAGAAAGAAUGUCCACCUGAGAAAGGAGUAGCACCAGAAUCUCUUGGAGUGAAGAAAUUGAGUGAAGAAAAUGUGAAGACCAUACUGGUACAAGAAGGUCUGGUUACCAAUCUCAAAGGUCUUUCAUCUAAAGGACUAGCCUUUGAGAUUGUGGAAAAAUCAAGGGAUGAUGUAGUACCUCCAGCAAGAUUGGAGGAAAUAAUAAAAAGUAGAGAAAAGCGAGCAGAACCAACUGUGGAGGAGAUAAAGAAAAAACUCUUUGAAGCAGAACGGCGCCGCAAACAAUUGGAAGAGGAACGAAUAAUUCGAGUUCGAGCCAUGAAAAAAACAGAAACUGCUGGUGCUAUCAAGGCCUAUGAACAAAAGCAAAAGGCCUUGGAAGACCAGCAGACUCAAAAAAUGGAUGUCGCCGUGGCUGCUCGCCAGAAUCAUCUCCGUGAAAUCAGAGACAAAUUAAAGGAGAAAAGAAGACAUGCCAAUCUAGUUCGUCAGCGAAAAAAUCUAAACCUGGAUGAUAUGGAUCCACCACCACCAGAAGAGCCACGUUUUAGAUUUCAUCAUAACUGAAUUAUUUGUUCUUUUUUUUCUUUUUUUUGGAGCGGGAGGGGAAUUAAUAAUUCCUGAUUUAUUUCUCAAUAGGCUAGUCCAACCCCGAAGUAUACACUACAGUACAUACAGUUUGAUACGUUUGUGGUGAUGAUGAGAUCUUUAAUAAUUAAUAGACUGUAUUUUGUAGUUGAGGCAAAUAUCUUAUUCGUCAGGUCUUUAAAGGGAUUGUAAAGAGAUUUUCUUUUUUAUGUGUAUCGGGAUCACUGUUAUGUUCAAUUUGCACCAUUCUAAUUUCAAUCAGGCGGCUAUGGUUUCCGCAAUUCCAAAGAAAUUUGUGUUGGAUGAUGUCAUUAAUCGGAAGAUAUGCCCAAGUCUCUUGCGAUUAGUGACAUCAUAAAGCACUUAGUGGUUCCUGCAAUUACACAGAAAUUUGUGUUGGAUGACGUCACUAAUCGCAAACUAUGCCCAAGUCUUUUGCGAUUAGUGAUGUCAUCAAACACUUAGUUUUAGUGGAAUUGCAGGAUCUACAGACGUUUAAUUGAGAUUUAGAGUGGUGAAAAUUGAUGCUAUCAGUGUCCCCGAUAUACAAUAAAAAUAGCAUUGUGUGUAUCUGGGAUACUGAUAGGUUAUUUGCACCAUUCUAAUUUCAGUCCAACGUCUGUGGUUCCUGCAAUUACACAGAAAUUUGUGUUGGAUGACGUCACUAAUCGCAAAAUAUGUCCAAGUCCUUGCGCUUAGUGACUUCAUCAAACAUUUAGUUUUAGACGAAUUGCAGGAACCACAGACGUCUGAUUGAAUUUGAAAUGGUGCAAAUUGAUGCUACCAUUGCCCCCGAUACACAUGAAAUUUUUAGAAAACCUUUUUACAACCCCUCUAACAUUUUAUAUUGUAUUUGGUAAUUUUAGAUUCAUACUGUCUCGAGUCUGAGUGAAUCUCCUCUCCUCCCCUCUGACUUCAAGUAAAGUUUGGGUUUUUACCGUUAUAAAAGAUUUAUUAUGAAUAAACUUAAAU